GACUGCAUUCACUGAAACCAAAGCAACAGUCCGAGCAGCUUUCAGAAUGACAGUCUGCAGAAGUGAGCUGAGCGUGUGCGCGGUACGGGGCUCUCCUGCCUUCUGGGCUCCAACGCAGCUCUGUGGCUGAACUGGGUGCUCACCACGGGAACUGCUGGGCGAUGGAAUACAGAUGUGGCAGCUCAGGUAGCCCCACAUUGCCUGGAGGAAUAUAUCAUGUUUUUUGAUAAGAAGAAAUUGUAGGAGCCAGUUUUUUUUUUUUAACCGCCCCCCGCCACCCCCAAAAAACUGUAAAGAUGCAAAAACGUAAUAUCCAUGAAGAUCCUAUUACCUAGGAAGAUUUUGAUGUUUUGCUGUGAAUGCGGUGUUGGGAUUUAUUUGUUCUUGGAGUGUUCUGCGUGGCUGGCAAAGAAUAAUGUUCCAAAAUCGGUCCAUCUCCCAAGGGGUCCAAUUUUUCUUCCUGGGUGUCAGCGAGCCCUGACUCACUACAGUGCAGCUGACAGGGGCUGUCAUGCAAGUGGCCCCUAAGCCAAAGCAAAAGACCUAAGGACGACCUUUGAACAAUACAAAGGAUGGGUUUCAAUGUAAUUAGGCUACUGAGCGGAUCAGCGGUAGCUCUGGUUAUAGCCCCCACUGUCUUACUGACAAUGCUUUCUUCUGCCGAACGAGGAUGCCCUAAGGGCUGUAGGUGUGAAGGCAAAAUGGUAUAUUGUGAAUCUCAGAAAUUACAGGAGAUACCCUCAAGUAUAUCUGCUGGUUGCUUAGGUUUGUCCCUUCGCUAUAACAGCCUUCAAAAACUUAAGUAUAAUCAAUUUAAAGGGCUCAACCAGCUCACCUGGCUAUACCUUGACCAUAACCAUAUCAGCAAUAUUGACGAAAAUGCUUUUAAUGGAAUACGCAGACUCAAAGAGCUGAUUCUUAGUUCCAAUAGAAUCUCCUAUUUUCUUAACAAUACCUUCAGACCGGUGACAAAUUUACGGAACUUGGAUCUGUCCUAUAAUCAGCUGCAUUCUCUGGGAUCUGAACAGUUUCGGGGCUUGCGGAAGCUGCUGAGUUUACAUUUACGGUCUAACUCCCUGAGAACCAUCCCUGUGCGAAUAUUCCAAGACUGCCGCAACCUGGAACUUUUGGACCUGGGAUAUAACCGGAUCCGAAGUUUAGCCAGGAAUGUCUUUGCUGGCAUGAUCAGACUCAAAGAACUUCACCUGGAGCACAAUCAAUUUUCCAAGCUCAACCUGGCCCUUUUUCCAAGGUUGGUGAGCCUUCAGAACCUUUACUUGCAGUGGAAUAAAAUCAGUGUCAUAGGACAGACCAUGUCCUGGACCUGGAGCUCAUUACAAAGGCUUGAUUUAUCAGGCAAUGAGAUCGAAGCUUUCAGUGGACCCAGUGUUUUCCAAUGUGUCCCGAAUCUGCAGCGCCUCAACCUGGAUUCCAACAAGCUCACAUUUAUUGGUCAAGAGAUUUUGGAUUCUUGGAUAUCCCUCAAUGACAUCAGUCUUGCUGGGAAUAUAUGGGAAUGCAGCCGAAAUAUUUGCUCCCUUGUAAACUGGCUGAAAAGUUUCAAAGGUCUAAGGGAGAAUACAAUUAUCUGUGCCAGUCCCAAAGAGCUGCAAGGAGUAAACGUGAUCGAUGCAGUGAAGAAUUACAGCAUCUGUGGCAAAAGUACUACAGAGAGGUUUGAUCUGGCCAGGGCUCUCCCAAAGCCAACGUUUAAGCCUAAGCUCCCCAGGCCGAAGCAUGAGAGCAAACCCCCUGUGCCCCCGACGGUGGGAGCCACAGAGCCCGGCCCAGAGACCGACGCUGACGCCGAGCACAUCUCUUUCCAUAAAAUCAUCGCGGGGAGCGUGGCGCUCUUCCUGUCCGUGCUUGUCAUCCUGCUGGUUAUCUACGUGUCAUGGAAGCGGUACCCUGCCAGCAUGAAGCAGCUGCAGCAGCGCUCCCUCAUGCGAAGGCACAGGAAAAAGAAAAGACAGUCCCUAAAGCAGAUGAAUCCCAGCACCCAGGAAUUUUACGUAGAUUACAAACCCACCAACACGGAGACCAGCGAGAUGCUGCUGAAUGGGACGGGACCCUGCACCUAUAGCAAAUCAGGCUCCAGGGAGUGUGAGAUACCUUUAUCAAUGAAUGUGUCAACCUUUCUGGCAUACGACCAGCCCACAAUAAGUUACUGUGGGGUGCAUCAUGAACUGCUCUCCCAUAAGUCCUUUGAAACGAAUGCACAGGAAGAUACGAUGGAAACACACCUAGAGACUGAGCUGGACCUGAGCACAAUCACAACAGCUGGCCGAAUCAGUGACCAUAAACAGCAGCUAGCUUAACUGAGAUCACUGGUAGCCAAGGGUUGCUACCAAACUUCGUAACCUCAAGGACAAAAUGAGGGAGAUGUGUUCAUUGCGGACUCUAAAAACAAAACAAAACACAAAAUCCACUGUUCAAAGAAACAAAAAAUCCAAGAUUGAUUCAUGAAAUAAAGAAGACAUGAAUUGUUUUAGUCUACACUUUGUAAUUAGCUAAGUUGUGCAGUAUUUUUUGACUUAAACAGAGUAUGACCCUGAAAAAUAAAAGAAUCUUUUUUUCAAAACUCAUCCUACCUACCUGUAAAAACUGUACAAAGCUAAUGUAUUUUUCAUAUUGUAAAGUUUCAAUGAUAGAAACAACUGGUAUGUACAGUACCAUAAUUUAAUUACAUUUUACUUUAAAACCUUUACAUAUUUCAGUUCUAAAAUUUUAACUUAACAAUUAUUUCUUGUGUUAUUCAGAGUUACUCAGUUUUGUAGGGACUGUUUUGUUACUGCUUUUGUGCCCAGAAACCUUGACUCUAAAAUUCUGUGCUGUGCGAAACAUGCACGAUUUUUAUUAUGCUUACUUGCAUAGAAUUUUAUCUACUUGUUCCAGAAAUAAUACAUUAACCAAAAAAGAUUUAAUUGUUCAGACUUGUAAGAAGUUCUUCAAUUACAUAGACAGGUUUUUCUUAAAAAUGAAAAAAAGAAAUCAAAGAUUUUUUAACAGUUCUCAGACUUAACUGUUGCCUUGAAUUACAGCCUAGUUUCUAAGCAGUGAAAUGUAAUGAUAAAGAGGGAUAUUUUAACAACAUAUUUCUGAAUGAAUGACUCAUUAUUUCAUUCUUUUGAGUAACCAUUGUUAAGGGUUGGGGGGAAGAAUGGAUGAAACAUCACUGGAAACAAAGGCCGUAACCACAGCAACAGACUUUGUGAUACAGUUAAAACAUGCAGCUGCCAGUGACAAAAACUUUUGUUACAUCUCAUUAUUUUCAGGCCAGGGUGGGAGUUGAGUGACCACCAGUCAGUGAAAAAUGUGCCUGGUUCUUAAGACAACUUUUCAUUUAGAACUGUGAGACCAUAUUUUAGAAACAUUUCAAAGGAAACAUGAAUUUUUUUUACAUUGUGCAUUAUAUCAUUUCUCUCCUGAGGAAGAAUUUUAAACAUGUUCAGCUCAUUCAAUAUAGAUAUGAGCCGUGAUGGAGGACUUUAUCACUGAAGUAAAUUGUAAAAUCCUUAAUGUGUUAUAAAUUGUUUAUGUUGCUAUCCAUAAUGGGAUUCACCUCCAAAUUAUCAAAGAAAUAACUCAGAGUUAUUUGACACCAGCCCAGAUCAUAUAUUGAUUAUACAACUGUAUUAUAAAGUUAAUUCAAAUCACAUUAAGAAAACCUGAGUUUUCAGAAGCUGAAAUAAUCAACUUGUUUGUGUUGUUUGCUUGACAUAGGUUAUUGUUUGAAAAUAUUGUUACUUUAUCAAUAGUAAUCACACAUUCUUGUUUCUUUUUAAUGGAAAACUGCAAGUUUCAAUUACUGUUGCACUAGAAGCGCUUUUUAUGUUGUCAUUUUAUAUUCAUGCCACCAUAAUUAGAUUGAAAAUACAUCAAUCGAACAGGAGUCAAUCAAAACAAUGAAGAAAAUAACUGAAAACAAUGUCAAACGUUUAAAUUUUUCUCUCUUCCAAAGAAAUUAUAUCUAUAAAAGUCUAGUUUUAUGCAGGGUUGUCAGAGCAAAUUUAAAAGCAAUUUCAAGAAGAAUGAACUUAAAAACUGUGGAGCAAAUUUUUGUUGAAAAUAUAUAAAGUCAGAGAGAGAAACAGAUGUAAAUGUUGGAAGAAGUAAAAUCUAUUACUAAUUCAAAUGAAACUAAAUGUCAAACACAGUACUUGUGUCAACUAUUUAGCAUCCCAGAUUUUGUAACAUAUUUUGCAUAAAUUAUUUGCUAUUCAAA